AUGCCCCGCAAAGGCAGUGGAAUACGGCUGAUGUGCUUGGGUUCCAGCUACCGCCUACGGGACCUUGAUGAUAUUCCCAGUGCUGGCAUUGACCUGGUCCUGCGCUGGCAGUUGUUUUUCAACAUCAGUUAUGACGACAGCCUUCAGUUUAAAGUUUUGUGCAUUGUCCGCAGUGACAAUCUUGAUUUUGCCCUUCCCAUGUCGAUCCCACAUAGAAAGACAAGUGGUGGGAUUGGAAGGGCGGAUGUUGACAAAAUUAUUCAGGAGCCCCCUCAUAAAAAAGGAAUGGAAGAUAUGAAGAAACUCAGACACCCGACCCCAACAAUGCUGUCCAUCCAAACGUGGCAGUUCUCUAUGAGCGCAAUUAAAGAAGAACAGGAAUUAAUGGAAGAAAUUAAUGAAGAUGAGCCUGUUAAAGCAAAAAAAUGGAAGAGAGAUGAUAAUAAAGACAUUGAUUCGGAAAAAGAAGCUGCCGUGGAAGCUGAAAUUAAAGCUGCCCGAGAAAGGGCCAUUGUCCCUCUGGAGGCCCGAAUGAAGCAGUUCAAGGACAUGCUGCUAGAGAGAGGGGUUUCUGCCUUUUCAACAUGGGAGAAGGAGUUGCAUAAGAUAGUUUUUGAUCCUCGAUACUUACUCCCCAAUCCUAAAGAGAGAAAACAGGUAUUUGAUCAGUAUGUAAAGACCAGGGCCGAAGAACGCAGGGAAAAGAAAAACAAAAUAAUGCAAGCUAAGAAAGAUUUCAAAAAAAUGAUGGAGGAAGCCAAGUUCAACCCAAGAGCUACUUUUAGUGAAUUUGCAGCCAAACAUGCUAAAGAUUCGAGAUUCAAAGCAAUUGAGAAGAUGAAAGAUCGAGAAGCCUUGUUUAAUGAGUUUGUGGCAGCCGCACGGAAGAAAGAGAAAGAAGAUUCGAAGACCAGAGGUGAGAAGAUCAAAUCGUAUUUCUUUGAACUCUUGUCGAAUCAUCACUUGGACAGUCAGUCUCGAUGGAGCAAAGUAAAAGAUAAAGUAGAAAGUGACCCACGUUACAAAGCUGUAGAUAGUUCAUCAAUGAGAGAAGACCUUUUCAAGCAGUAUAUUGAGAAAAAAGGCAAGAAUUUAGACUCAGAAAAGGAAAAGGAGCUUGAAAGGCAGGCCCGCAUUGAGGCAAGCCUUCAAGAACGGGAAAGAGAGGCUCAGAAAGCUCGUUCAGAACAAAGCAAAGAAAUAGAUCCGGAGAGAGAGCAACACAAACGGGAAGAAGCCAUCCAGAAUUUCAAGGCUCUUCUGUCUGACAUGGUACGUUCUUCGGAUGUGUCGUGGUCUGACACUCGGAGGACCCUCCGAAAGGAUCACCGCUGGGAGUCUGGAUCCCUAUUGGAAAGAGAGGAGAAAGAGAACCUUUUUAAUGAACACAUUGAAGCACUUACCGAAAAGAAGAGAGAGCACUUUAGGCAGCUUCUGGAUGAAACAUCUGCCAUUACCUUAACAUCUACUUGGAAAGAAGUAAAGAAAAUCAUUAAGGAAGAUCCUCGGUGCAUUAAGUUUUCCUCUAGCGACAGGAAAAAACAAAGAGAAUUUGAAGAAUACAUCAGGGACAAAUAUAUCACCGCCAAAGCGGACUUCAGGAUGCAUUUGAAAGAGACCAAAUUUAUAACGUACAGAUCCUUAAAGCUAAUCCAAGAAUCUGAUCAACACCUGAAAGAUGUAGAAAAAAUUUUGCAGAAUGACAAGCGGUAUCUAGUACUGGACUGUGUGCCGGAAGAGAGGCGUAAGCUCAUUGUGGCCUAUGUUGAUGACCUAUGUCAUGAUGACCUAUGUGACCUAUGUUGA